UCCAUUACUUUAUGGAGCGGCUGCCAUCGGUCUCCCUUUCUCUUAUAACGUAGCUAUCUUCUUUCAAUUCUUCUCUGACCGAAACCAGUGGUGAAGCUGUACCCAAUUCUUUCUCUGGAAGCCGUUCCUGUAUAACCAGAAUCUGGCGAUGUACAGGUGAUGAGUCGGUAGCAGUACCACCACCGGCGGUCUUCUGAGACUUCAAUCCAUCAGAUGGAAUUCACGCAUGGAAUAAGAGAUAGGCUUUCGACCACUGAUCGGCGAGAAGAGCAAGUCGAGGUCUCCACACACCUCCCUUUCAUCCCUUCCUAUCCUUUGCCGUCAUCCUCGUCGACCGCUUUCCGGUGGCAUGAUGAUUCUUCGGGCGCCGGCGAUUGUGCUUCUACGGAGAAGGAGCACAUGUUCUACAAGGUCGUGACGCCCAGCGACGUCGGCAAGCUGAACCGGCUGGUGAUCCCGAAGCAGCACGCGGAGAAGUACUUCCCGCUGGACACGUCGGCUAACGAGAAAGGGCUGCUGCUGAGCUUCGAGGACCGGACGGGGAAGCCGUGGCGCUUCCGCUACUCCUACUGGAGCAGCAGCCAGAGCUACGUCAUGACCAAGGGCUGGAGUCGCUUCGUCAAGGAGAAGGGCCUCCAAGCCGGGGACACCAUCUCCUUCGGCCGUGGCGUCGGCGAUGCGGGACGCCACCGCCUUUUCAUCGACUGGAAACGACGACCUGAGAACCGCGACCCACCCCGGAUUCCACUUCCUGAGCUAUCCUUUGCGAGAUCGGCCGGGCCAUGGAGCGGCCGGCUCCUCGUCCCACCGGAGGCCGGGUGCGGCCACACCUGGCAGGGCCACAUGUACCCUGCCGCGAGCUUGGGUACGGGCGGCGGGCAGUGUCUGUACUACAGUUUGCCGGCGGCUAGGCCACCGCAGAUGGAGGUGCAACACGCAGGCCGCAGUGGAUUCCCCAUGGUUCUCGGAUCGCCAUUGCCCCUCGUUCGCAACCAGCCGGCCGUCAAGCGAGUUCGGCUCUUCGGCGUGACUCUGGAUUGCCCCGAAUCCGGAGGCGGUGUCAAUUACGACGGCCACAGUCACUCCGUCCGCGUGCCGCAGUUGCAUCCUGGGGCUGCGCUUCCGCUCCUCCAAUCUCCGGGUACGGCCGGCGAGUCAACGCCGUCAGGCUCAUCAUCGGUGUACAAGAAACAACACUCACAACCGGAUCUUUAAAGAAGAAGGAUACGAUCGUAGGGGACAAAUAUACAAUGAAUUGAACGUGAGGAAGUACUUAAAGUUGCCUUUUCUUGUUUCUUUCCGUUCUCGACUUCCUGAUUUCUUUGGUUGAAGGGGUUGGAAUAAUUUGCAUCCAUCCAAAUUAUUCUUUACUCGCUCUCAUUCGCGGCCUUCUCUUGCAAUUGUAACUAAUAACAUGGAUUCAGAGAACUCUAUCUAAGCCCUACAUGUAAUAAACAGCGGUAGUAUGAGAUUUUGCUUCUUGUUUCCUCAAA